GUAGGUGUAACUUGAAAACCUCCAGGGCCCAUGUUAGCCGCUUGCACGCGCUGGUGAAAGCCCCAACUCGCAUUCCAGCGCAGCUGCAACCCCCACAAUGCUGCUUAUGCCUCAAAAAGCCCUGAGGGGCUCAGCGCGGCUCACCAGGUCGACUCGACCGCUUCGCCCAACACAAAAGACGUGGAGAUGGUCGCCCACAUCCGUCGCGGGCGCGACGAAACAGAGCGCACCGCUGGCGCUGGUGCCGAAGAAGAAGCCCGAUGGCCCCAGUACCGACCUAGGCGUCAUCCUGGGCCGGCUGUCGCAGCUGGCGCUGCCGUACUGGCAGGAGGAGAAGUCGGCGCGGUGGAAGCUGGCGGGCGUGGUGGGGCUGACACUGGCGACCACAGCCGUCAGUGUGGUGUUCAACUUCCUGGGCCGCGACUUCUUCACGGCGCUGAGCGAUAAGGACGAGGUCGCGUUUAAGUACCAGCUGAUGAAGUACCUGGCGGGGUUCGCGCUGGGCAUCCCGGUGUUCGUGUUCAAGAGCUACUUCCAGAGCAAGCUGGCGCUGGAGUGGCGGCAGUGGAUGACGGAGCGGCUGCUGGCCGAGUACCUGAGUGAGCGCACCUUCUACGGGCUGCAGCAGAGCGCCGAGGUCGACAACCCCGACCAGCGCAUCACCAGCGACGUCGCCACCUUCACGGACACGGCUCUGGGCCUGUCGCUGACGCUGCUCAACGCCGCCAUCGACCUGGUGUCAUUCUCCGGCAUCCUGUUCACCAUCUACCCCCCGCUGUUCGCGGCGCUGGUGCUGUACUCGGUGGGCGGCACGGCGGCGUCCGUGGCGUUGGGCAAGAACCUGGUGACGCUCAACUUCAACCAGGAGGCGCGCGAGGCCGACUUCCGCUAUGGGCUGGUGCGCGUGCGCGAGAACGCCGAGAGCAUCGCCUUCUAUGACGGUGACCAGGACGAGCGCGCGCUGCUCAAGCUGCGCUUGCAAGCCGCGGUGGAGAACUACAUGGGCCUUAUUACCGCCAGUCGGAACCUGGACUUCUUCACCUCCUACUACCGCUACCUCAUUCAGCUACUGCCUGCAGCCGUGGUGGCGCCGCUGUUCUUCCAGGGCAAGAUCGACUUUGGCGUGAUCAACCAGAGCCAGUCGGCCUUCAACCACAUCCUCAAUGACGUCUCGCUGGUCAUCUACCAGAUUGAGGCGCUGGCGGGCUUCAGCGCGGUGGUGGACCGCCUGGGCGAGUUUGAUGAGGCGGUGGUCAGCCGGCGCGCGCAGCAGCAGCAGCUGGCGGAGCGAGCCAAGGCAGGCGCACCAGCUGACUCGGACGUCGCCGCGGCCGCCGCCACCAGCAGCGCACCGGUAGUGGUGGGCGGCGACGACGAGACUUCACUGGCCGCGCUGCCCGGCAUCGAGCUGCGCUUCCAGGCCGCGGCCGCUGCCGACGCAGCCUCCUCCGCUGCCGCUGCUGCCACUGCUGCUACAGCCUCUGCCAGCACAUCCACCUCCACCAGCACCCAUACUGGCAGUAGCAGCCACCACGGGCGGCCGCUGCUGCAGGUGCGCGACCUGACGGUCGCCACGCCGCGCGGCCGCAACGUGCUGCUCACCGGCCUGGACCUGGACCUCAUGUCGGGCCAGUCGCUGUUGGUCAUGGGGCCCAGCGGCGCCGGCAAGACGUCGUUGCUGCGCGCGGUGGCGGGGCUGUGGAGCGAGGGCCGCGGCUCCAUCGACGUGGGCGCGGCGCGCGACGACGUGAUGUUCCUGCCGCAGCGGCCCUACAUGGUGCUGGGCAGCCUGAGGGACCAGGCGCUGUACCCCAGGCGGCACACCCAGCAGCAGGAGGGCUCCACCGCCACGGCCUCCAGCUCCGCUCCGGCCUCGGACAGCUCCUCCACCUCCUCCACCUCUACGUCCUCACCAGCCGCUGCGCCGCUGGUGCCCCCGCCCAGUGACGCGGAGAUCCUGUCGGUGCUGGAGCUGGUGCAACUGGGGCACCUGGUCACACGAUACGCGCCAGACGCCGAGGGUGAGGCUGCCGGCACGGCCAACGGCAACGGCGCCAGUACCUCCGCCACCACACGCGGCGGCCACGCCUCUCCCUCCUCCCUGUCCGCCGCCGCCGCCAAGGCAGCGCUGGACACGUCUGCGGACUGGGCGUCCAGCCUGUCGCUGGGCGAGCAGCAGCGCCUGGGCUGGGCGCGGCUGCUGCUGGCGCGGCCGCAGCCGGCGCUGGCGCUGCUGGAUGAGGCCACGUCGGCGCUGGACCAGGACACCGAGGCGCGCCUGUACAAGGUGCUGGCGCAGUCGGGCAUCAGCUAUGUGAGUGUGGGGCACCGCUCGACACUGCGCGACUUCCACAGCGCGCUGCUGCAGCUGCGGCCAGACGGCGCCGGAGGCGUGACGUGGGAGGUGCGGCCGCUGGAGGCGGCGCAGGUGGCGGCGGCGACGCAGUAGGGCGGCAGCAGGGCGGGGCAGUGCUGGUGGUGUGUCGGGCUGUGCGGGUUGCGGCUGGGUGCAGGGGUGGCUGGCUGCAUGCGGAGCGUCGGCGUGCGGGGCGUGCAUACAUGCGGUGUGAGUUCAACGGACUACCGGUACACGGCCCGCACACGAAUCGGGCGAUGGGAGGUGUCGGUUUAGCGUGCGCGUUGUAACAUUGAAGGAAC